ACUCAUUAUUUACUCUGUCUGGUGCAUAGCCUGACCCACACAAAAACACACACACACACAUUUUAUAUAAGGAGCAUUGAAAUAGUCGUAAGAGCAGAUGAAACAAGCAAGCCAAUGAAGGCAACAAAACAUGAAUGACAGCAAGACUUCAGUUUUAGAAAGAUGAGCACCUGGUUCCUCCUUCCUCUGUGUGUGCUGACCUGUUGUUGCAGCCGUAGCAAUGGCGCCCUCUCUUGCCCAGACAUGUGCACCUGCCAUUUCUCUUCCAGCGACACCAAGGUGGUCUGCAGUGACGACUCCCUCUCCCAGUUCCCCUCCGAUGGUCUCCCAGGCAACACCACCACCUUGUCCAUCCAAUCCACCAACCUCAGCACGAUUACUGCCAACCACUUACAGGCCACGCCCAUUCUGAAAGAGCUCCAACUAUAUUACAACAACCUGAGCACACUUCCUUCAGAUCUCCUCAGAGCUGUCCCUCACCUGCACACGUUGGAUCUCACAGGGAACCACCUGCACUUCCUGCCACCAUAUGUCUUCAGCCACGCUCCGCUGCGUAACCUGGUGCUGAAGAUCAACCUGAUCAGCGGUGUGGAUGCUGAUUGGCUCCCUGACAACAGUAACCUCACCUGGCUGGACCUAUCAGGGAACCACUUGACGGCCGUACCCACAGCCCUGUUCCAGAAACUACGCCACCUGAAGAACCUUGACCUCUCCCAUAACCGCCUGGAGAAGCUCCUGGCGGGAGCACUGAAUCCUCUGAGCAGCCUAGAGAGGCUCAACCUGGAGGGGAACCAACUCAGCGCCCUGGACCCUUCCGCCUUCAGGAACACCCCAAACCUGACGCACCUCUUCCUCCAGGAGAACCAACUGGAGAGGCUUCCCCCGACUCUCCUCCAGGGGCUCCAUCGCCUCGAGUUCCUGUUUCUCAACUUCAACCGGCUUGGUCACAUCUCCAACACCCUGCUGGAGCAGCUCUCCUCCCCAUGGACAAGCAACCAUCUUUGGGUGGCUUUCAGCCAGAACCCCUGGGUGUGUGAUAAGAAGGUGGAGGACCUGUGGAAGUGGCUGCAGAAGAACCAGAAGAAAGCUUUCCUGGCCGAUGACAUCAGGUGUGCCAGCCCUGAGUCUCUGAAGGAACGAUCAGUUAUGUCACUAACUGACAGUGAGCUGGGACUCUGAUUAUAUUUUUCACUUAAACAAUAAGAAGGAGGGGGAGGUGUCUCAGUAUGACCCCGGGGAGAGUGUUCUUUCUGGAGGAGGUGAAAUGUGCCAGCCCUGGUUGUUAAGGACCAGCGGUUGUGUCUCUGACAGAGAAAGAGCUAGGCCUCAAAACGGACAAAUAAAACAGGCCCACUCUUCAGGUAACAACUGCAAAUGAUUCUGUGUUUUGAUUGGCUAAAAGGUCUUUCUCUGUCUGUAUGUAUGUAUAUAUAUAUAUAUAUAUAUAUAUAUAUAUACACACUCACUUACAUACUCACACACACAUUUGAGACAAACACCUCUUGCAUUUCAAUAAAGGCUUCUGUAUAUUUUUUGGAUACCCUUAUAAGAUCCACUGGCACUAGGUGGCAUCAUAUUCAAUGUUUUUGCACGAUAAACUCCCUAGUAGACUAUUGAGUGACCUGUCCUGAACAGUUGUUCUAAUGUAUAAUACAUGGUUGAAAACAACUAUACAUGAAUAGAAAAUGGACACCUUUGUGACAGGAUGUCUUUGUGACAGCUACUUUUCUACAGGUCAAUCAGCCUGGUGGAUCUAGUGAUCUGGUGGUGGUAAUACUUUGUGGUUUCCCCUCUGCAUUGUCUCACUUGUAUAUGCACUUCAUUCUUCUUCUCCUGUUUUUUAAUGGUAUUGAAAUCAAUGGAGAGAGAGAGAGAGCGAGAAAGAGAGAGAGAGAGAGCGAGAGAGAGAGAUGAAGAGAGAGAUGGAGGUAGGGAGCGAGAGAGAGAGGUAAGGGAGUGAAAGAGAGAGAGAGAGAGAGAGAAUCAGUGAGUUUGUCCUCUGCGGAUGUGGCACAGGCCUCUCUGUCCUCAGGAGGCCUUGAUCACAGUAAGUGAGAGACCCAAUAAUUUAUGACUCUUGUAAAGCAGCACCCACGUCUCCAGAGGUGGUUACUAAUGAAAAUUAAACCCUGAUCAUAAAUAUUUGCUGAAGAGCGGAAGAAAACAUGGCUUCCUGAAACGUCAGCGGACGUCGGAGCGGUUUCCCCCGGCAUCGUACAAUAGAGUUGGAUAGAGGGCGCCAAAGCCCGUUUUACCAUGGACAGCGCAAUUGAGGGCUUUAACCAUUUUGAAGUAGCCAACUGGGUGGGACUUGCUAUGGGUUAAAGAAGGAUUAAAUAAUUCCAUCCAAGUCAGCAGGAGGUGUCAGCCAAUGAAUUACACUCCCGAGUAAACAUUUCAUAAUUAAAUCACCAACUUUGACGUGUUCUGACUUCACACACUCCGGCACAUUAGGUGGUGGUACGCACCUAUGUACUGCCAAGACAAUCAUAGGAGAGGAAAUUGACCACUUUAAAAGAGAAAAAGCCCUCAAUAGCUGGUGGCAUAAGACAAAGAUUGCAAAGAUAAGAGAUCUCUAGUGCAUCUUUAUGCGUCCUACGCUCGUUCUGCCCACGAACAGGUGACCUUUCUCUCUGAUCAGGAUGGACGAGACGGAGUGUGUGCUCUGGCAUCGGGCCGCACUGUAAUGACUGACUGACAGUGAUAAAAAAAAAGGUUAUUGGCGGGGCUUUUAAAAGGUUAUUAACAGGGAGUUUAAAAGGUUAUUAACAGGGCUUUUAAACGGAUAUUAAAAGGUUUUUUACAAGGUUAUUGACAGGGCUUUUAAAAGGUUAUUAACAGGGCUUUUAAAAGGUUAUUAACAGGGCUUUUAAACAGUUAUUGACAGGGCUUUUAAAAGGUUAUUGACAGGGUUUUUAAAAUGUUAUUGGCAGUGCUUUACAAUGUUAUUAACAGGGCCUUUAAAAUAUUAUUGGCAGGUCUUUUAAACGGUUAUUAACAGGGCUUUUAAUAGGUUAUUGGCAUGGCUUUUACAAUGUUAUUGGUAGGUCUUUUAAAAUGUUAUUGGCAGGGCUUUUCAUUCACGCCAAACAAACAUGGUUCAUUACAAGAUGAAGAGUUAAAAUGUAAUUCAUCUUCCAAAUGAGGGUGAUGUGAUAUGAGUAUGACUAGUAAGUGCUCAAUAACUCUGCCUUGUAAAAUAAAUACUAAUAACAACUUCAUAUUCUACAUUUGAAAAACUGAAAUGUAUUUUUGCCAACCUAAAUAUUUCAGUCAAAAUCAUUUGGGUAGAGAAUGGCAUCUCAAUAAAAUGCUGUGAACGCUA